UUUUAAAUUAUUUUUUACAUAGAAUGUCGAAACCGGGAGCAAUCCGGUUAUGUUUGAAAUUCACUUCAAGUAUGUGGCAUUAAUUUAUAACUGGCGCUACCUGAAGAAACUGGAAGACGUAUAAGUCCACAUAUUUACGAAAAACACUUCACAUUUUUUAUUUUAAACGCUCAGAUAUUCUGAUGUCACUGAAUGCAACAAACUUUUCUAGUAUUUGCAUGUGGCCAUCUUUGAAAGCCAUCAGAAAUCUGACUACGUCUGUUAAACAAAAAUGAACAGUACUUCAAACCAUAGACACAAUAAAAGUUAUUAUGGAUAUGCUUCAAACUUCAUUUAGCCUUUUUUGUGUUAGUUUGACAGGGCUGAUCUUAUACCGCCCUCUAUUACUCUGGAGCACUUCACUGUCCAACAAAAGGAUUUUUUAAAAAUGUUCUGUUACACCGCAGUCCAGAUGGUGGCAGUAAAUGCACCAAAAGCUAGUUUGUCUGCCGCCAAUCGGCAACAGAAGAAGCGGAUAAUCAUGGCUGUAUGAAGGUAGUAAUGGUCAGUCAGCAUGGAGGGUUCAUAUCAGCGCGGACAGGCAGAGGCUCCCCAUUUUCAUCAUGUCUUCGAAGGAGGAAUACAACAGCCCGCCUCAGAGCAGCCGAACCACACCGCUCCACCAUGGAUUCCUCCUACGGCUAACUUCCUCGCACCUCCUCCUGGGGGAGCAGGUUUCGGUGCAUCUCAGUUUCCCCUUCCUUAUGGAUUCGACCCAUCUGUCCCUCCGCCUAAUUUUGUCUGUCCUCCACCGGGACACUUCCCGGGAAUGGCGUCUCCCGCCCCUGGAAACACGCCCAGUAGCCCUGGAGUCCCUACGUUUCAGGCGGCGUCCCAGCAGCUCGGCGCCGCUCCUUUCCGGGCAAACUGCGGACUCAGGCAGCGGGAGGAUUACCGCGAUGGAGACCUCCCCUACCGGGGCUCAUCGCCCCCCCAACCUCAUCCUCUGCAACGGGACAGCAGCUGGGAAACUGCAGCACACCCAGAGGAUGAGGAGGAGCUGCAGAGGUGGCAGGACCGGCAGUGGUUAACCCGGUUCCUCCAGAGCCGAGGUGGACCUCCCGACAACCCGCAGGAGCAGCGGUCAGGCCUCGGCUCUGUCCACGUCUUCAAAGAGGCUCUGUACAGCGCAGCUCGGCUGCUCUCCGGACUGAAGGAGCUCUGCCUCCCUCUACAGCACAAUCUUCACUCAGACAGCGGCUGGUCUGAGUCCUAUCAGAUGGCUUUGCACAUAAAGAGAGAAGUUCAGGCCAAAGUUCAGAAACUCACUGACUCCCAGAAUUUAGAUCUACUUAAAGUUAAAGUUGCCCGCAUAGCGGAGAGGAGGGCCAGGGGCCUGAGGGCCAAGAAGGACCGGCAGGUGGAGCAGGUGCUGGCAGAAGAACUCAGCACUGAGAAAGAGGCCUCCAUAGACAAAUGGCGGAUGAGACAGAUACAAAAAGUAGAAGAAAAGAAGAAGGAGCAGGAGCUGAAGCUGUCUGCAGACGCCGUCCUGUGUGAGGUGAGGAGGAAGCAGGCCGAUGUGAAGAGGAUGCAGGACAUAAUGAGAUCUCUGGAGAAACUGCGCCGGCUCAGGAAGGAGGCAGCGUCCAGGAAAGGGAUCGGCACGGAGCUGGAGUGUGACGAGGCGUUCGGCGGUCAGCUGGAGCAGCUGAGGGGUGUGAUGAAGAGGAGGACGGAGCUGUACUCGGCCGAGGAGAAGGCUCUGAUGGUGAUGCUGGAAGGAGAGCAGCAGAAGGAGCGGAGGAGGGAGCAGGAGAUGCAAAUCAGGAAGGAGAGGGAGCGGCAGCUGGAGAGGAAGCGUAGGGUGGACUCCAUGUUGUUUGGAGAUGAGUCUCCAGCUGACAGCAUCCUGCAGCCCUUCGCUGACUACUACAGCCAGGCAGAGCACUCCCUGCAGGCGCUCGUACACAUCAGGAGGGACUGGGACGUGUUCCUGGUGGCAGCAGAUCAUCCUGAUGGAUCCGGGGUUCCUCGGGGCUGGGUCCUGCCUGACUCCCCGUCCGACCAGAACUGGGCCUCGGCCCUGCAGGCUGCUGAUCCUGAUGGUCUCUGACUCGCAUCCAGUCAGCUGGAUCAGACAAUGAACUCGCUUUAUAGUGAACCCGUCUUCUUUAAAGAUGGUAUUUUCAUUAUGUGAAUUCUAAUUUAAUGUUGCAGUCAUCCUUGGGAUGGGUUUAGGGGUUUUUUUUUUACACCAAAAUGUAUAUUUUGGACAUGUAGUUUGAUAUUUUUGUGGAGGGGGGACAUCCGGCAUAAAAUGUCUGCCAAUUCCAUGUUCACUCAGCUGUGGAGUGGGACAGGCUGGUGGCUUUGGAGCGAUAUUUCAAAACAACAAUGUUCAUUUUCCUUUUUGCCAGUCUAUGCAUUUGAAAAUAAAGCUAAAUGAAAACAA